AUGCGUUUCGCCGCUAUCGCCAUCUCGGCUCUGGCUACAUGUGCCUUUGCCCUCCCCUCAGCCCCAGUGCCUGCCGUCCUCCACCAUGAGCGAGGCCUCAUCUCCGACGUGCUCAACCUCCUCAACCCCUCCGACCUGCUGAGCGGUCUCUCCGCCGAAGGCGCCGCUGCUUUCGUGGGUGCCAGUCUCGGCCUCAAAGCCGACCUCAUCGAUGCCGACGCAAAAGCCAAGUUGAGCGUCUGGCUUGACGGUGCUGACAUCGACAUCGACGCUAGCGUCAAGACUUCCCUCAAGGGCUGGUGCUCCGGCUCCUCUGCCGAGCUAGAUAUCGACGUGAUUGCUGCAAUCUCCCUCUUCGCUCCCUGCGCCGUCGGUAUUGCUGCUGAGGGCGGUCUCGUCGUCGACGUCAACGGUAUCUCGUCCGUCGGUGCCGCUGUCGGCGUCAUCCUCGAAGCUUCUCUCCAAGUCGAACUACUCGCUUUCCUCACCGCUACCCUCGACCUCGAUUCCGAAGUCAACGUUGCCCUCCACAUCUGCGCAAACGGCGGUCUCGUUACCGCUCUCACCGCCGACGUUAAAGCCGCCCUUACCGCCUGGCUCUCAAGCUCUGACUGCGGUCUUUCUGCUGCUCUCAAGGCUGCUGUGGGCCUCUGGCUCGAAGCCGAGGUUGGCGUUGGCGCAAUCGCGAUUGGAACUGUGUCUACCGCUGCCUCCAUCUCUGGAUCUAUUGGUGUCUCUAUUGAUGCCGCUGUUGACGCCGCCGGUCUUUUGUCUGCCACUUACAUUAGCGCCCUCGAAGCCUGGAUUGCUGGUGAAGUCAACCUCGACGCUGACAUCAAGGCCAUUCUCGAGAUCUGCGUUGGCGCCAAGGCAUCUAUUACUCUCGACAUCGAGGCUGUUGAGAAGCUUACUGCUUGGCUGUUGAGCACUAGCUGCUCCCUGACCGUCGAACUCAAGGCUGCUGUUCUUUUGUGGUUGCACGUUCGCGUUACCGAGGUCGCGACCAUCUCCGUCCUCGGUGCGGCUGAUAUUGCUACCUUGACUACGUGGAUUGCAGGCGACAUUGCCGCCGAUCUCAGUGCUGUUGUCAAGGGUGUUAUUGGUGUUGCUAUUGCCGGUGAGGCUGUUGUCAAUGUCGCUGUUGACGCUGUUGCUGAGCUCAUUGGUGUCUUGACUGGUUGCGUCAGCGGUGUUGAGAUCUCUGUCGAUAUUCAGAUCAUCCUUGGAAAGUGGAUUUCCGGUGAGACUUGUGGAUGCCACUCCAACGACAAGAGGGGUCUUGUUGGUCCUGUUCGUGUUUAA